AGUGAGAUCUUUUUUGUUUGCUAUGAAAACAGUAAUUGCUGUUUUUUAUUUAUUUAUUGUUUGCAUUGAGUGAGCUAACUUUAAAGGCUUCCCAUCGGAGCAUUUCAUUAUUGGAUGCCACUACUGAAGUCUGCAGUAACUAACUGACACACAAUCUAUUAAAAGCAAACAUGGCGUCUCGCUUCCUCCAGUAUGCAGUGCUUCUCCAGAAGUACAGGACUCCGCUGCUCAUUACGAGCUGUGGCGGGGUCUUUGCAGCUAACAUGCUCUAUCAUGUUUUCCCCGACGUGUCUUUCCGUCAGCUCUAUCAGGCCUGGUUCAAAGGAGAACCGGUCACACUGUCUGAAAAGCUCGAGGAUGUUUUCCAGCAGGUAUUGAAGGACUAUGGUAUCAGCUCAUCCAAGAAUUUCUCUGCCUUCGCCUCCUUUGGGUUCCAUCCGGUUGGUGCUGGGCUCCCUUGGCUUUUUACAGGGGCCCAGAUUGGCGUCCCAGCAAACUUCAACAGCACGUCCGAUGACCCGAGCGGUAUCACCAACCGCACCAUUUUUAUCAACGGGAAAGUGGUGGACUGGACCAGCGAUACUGGCUCUGCUCUACAGGAGGCACUGGUGUUUUCCCCUGAGGCACAGAAGUUUGCCAUAGCACGAGAAGUGGCCCGCUUGCAGUCCGGAGGACCUGUCCUGAGUGCUGCUGUUGCCCCGGUCUGCCUGGGUGGGGUUUGGGUCUACAGCGUGCUAAUGAAGCAGGUGUUUGGGCUUCACACUGGGCCUCCACUACUUCGUGGGGGGGUGAACAUUCUGGCGCUGGGGCUUGGUGCCGUGUCCUACUUCCUCACCUUGGAUGCUGUCAGCCACUGGAUUGACUAUAAGUCAGACCGAGGUGCGGCGGGAGUGUCCCGUGGUUAUGCCAAAGGAGGGAUAGAGUUUUACGACAAGAUUCUGUCCAGAAACAAGACGCUGCGCUCCCUUAUGGGGCAGAAGGGACAGGAGAUGUACGCUCCCAGUGGGAACUUGUUUCCUGCAAACAUCCUUCAGCUGAAACACACACCGUACACAUCCAGGAGGAAAGAGAUCCUCACAAUGCUAAGAAAGGAAAAAGCUUGAGGAGAAAUGGGGGGGGCGAGGGGGGGGCGGUGGAUGUCACCUGAACCUGUAAUGAUACAUUUAAACUCUUCUUAUCACGGAACAGAGGUAGGAGGGUUCCUGAGCUUAUUUUAUAAGCAGAAAACCCUAGCCAAUAGGAUUUUAAAAUUAUUUUUCAUAGAAAUAUGUCAUCACACAUGUGCUAAAUGUUAUUUUGUAUUGUUUUAUGAAUCCUAAAGUGCUGAAUGCCACACAUUAUAAGACACAUUUGUAAUGUCCUGGGGUGUCAAAUAUUUAGUGUCUUAUUUAUGCAACAAAAGACAAGAUUUAGAUGGUUACCCGUUAGCAUGUGAUGACAUUUAAGUUGUUGAGUAGACAUGGGGGAAACGGUCUUUGUCCAGCAGAAUAGGGUGUCAUUGUUCUUUGGCUCUAGCUAUUACAGUGUUUACCAGGUCAGGGCACCCAUAUUGGAAAUAAAAAUAAAAUUCUUAUACACAUUUUAUUGGUAUCGAAUCAGAUUUAUGCCACAACCCCUUUACAAUCAUGGUGAAUGGAUUUUUGUUUGUGUUUUCUGAUCACGGCACUGAAAAAUAACAUAAAGAACAGCAACAUGUCCUCCCACAAACAAUGUUCUGGUUACUCUGGAUUAUCCAUAAACCUUGGAGCUUGGUGGAUUAUCCUGAGUGACGGGCACAGUGUUUCAGGCCAUUGCAAUUUAUAAGAUAAAAUAAAAGGUUUAGCGCUUUA